AUGAAUCUUCUUGAUGGAGUUACUGGAACACGACAUUCACCACGUGGCAUUCAGAUGUAUCAGCCCGGAGGAUUUCAGGGAUCCCAAUCUAGAGUUGUUGCUGGGAUGAUUAACGCCUGGGCAUCCCUGUAUCACCUCGAGAAAGGGCCCAUCUCUAGCCUGGGCGCUGCCCUGAGGACACGCGCGUCUCAGCCUGGCUCUGCUGUCAGUCGGUCUUUAAUUUCCUGCAGUUGUAUUUUGCCGUCGGGAGCCCUUGAGCCUUUCGAGAUGUCUCGGAAGCCGGAGAGAGCGGCGGAGCCCCGGCGGAGCGCCGCGCUCGGUUCGGGAGCUGUGACAUCGCCGCGCGCAUCCCUGGCAGCCGCGGAAUUCCCGGCUGGGCUCCCGGCCGCUCCCAGCGCUGCAGCUCCUGCGGCGGUGCCACCUCGUCAUGCUGGAGGACGAGCAUCGUCGGGACAGCUCCAGAAAUCCGCUGCAGACUUCCCGUUUAUAGACUUAAAAAACUGCAGUUUGGACACCAUGCGUUCACCACCUGCAGACAACAUCACUUCCAGGGAAACUGAUCACUCAGAUAGUAAUAUAGAAGAGUUCCCGUUGCCUCAGGAUAGAAAUCAAAUAGAAAUGGACACUGUUGAAGAUCUGAGAAGAAAACUCCAUAGGCUGGAGAAAAGAAAAUUGGAAUUACACAAUCAACACAAUCAAGAGUUGUCUCACUAUGAAAAAGAAAUAAUGAAAUUAAGGUUGGAACUUGAGAGAGGAGAAGCUCUUCAUCAGCAUCUGGAGAGUGAAAUGUUAUUUGCUAGACAAGAGGCUUAUAUACAGAUGUCUUUUGCAGAGGAUGAGCUGUGGGAUGUAAAAAAUAAAGUUUUGAAACUUCAAGUACUCAAUGACAAAUACCAACAGAAAGCAGCAGAGGCUGAGAAAAUGGUUCAAAGUGCUCAGAGGCAGUGGGAAGAGGAGCAACAAAGAUUGGCAGUGGAGAGAGAUAACAUCCACAGAGUACACCUUGCUGAACUGGAAUUCCUUUUCAAAGAAAAAACUGAAGCAGAAAAGGCUUGUCAGGUGCGAUAUAUUAAUAGAUGGAAAGUUCCAUUGAGAAUUCAAGAACUUGAAGAUGCUUUAAGUGAAGAGCAUCAAGGCAUGAGAGAAGUUUUUUCACGGAUAGCAAAGAAAGAUUUCAGAGAGUCAGAAAACGCACAUGAGAGAGGAAAAAAAGUUUCACAGAGACAGCAUUCAUCCUUAAAUGUGCAAUGGAGAGACAAGGCUGAGGAAAGGAAGGAAACUGAAGAAUCCUUUGGGACAUUAGUGGAUGCUACAGCCAGCUUCACCCAGGACGAAGGCUCAAUAAGGGAGCUGUCCAUCCUGCAAAACUUAUACCAGAGCAUGGCAAACGCCCAUGUGCUUUCCAAAUAUUCAGACAUCCCCCUGGAAGAGUUACCGUGGACAGAGCUUUGUGCACUCUUGUGUGAGAAUGUUGAAGCCCUGAUCUUGAACUUCCACAAGGCUAAGGAGAGGAUAUCUCACCUAGAAUAUAUUUGCAAGCACAAGACUGAUAAUAUGAAUGACCUUCAGCAGAAGCAGGAGGAUGCUUUUGAGAAAAUGUCUGAACAGUUAAAAGCACAGGAACAUUGCUGGCAGAAAGAAAAGCAAUAUCUUGAAGAGCAGUACUCAAAUAUGCUUGCAGAGGUUCAUGCAAGAGCACAGGAAGGUGAAGAAACAGUGCAGAAAACCAGGCAAAAACUGUAUGGCCUUGAACAAAUCCACGAGAAGGUGGCCCACAGGAACAAUUCCAUGACAAAUACAUUAUCAAAUGGUCACAAGGCACGCCCAUCCCUGCUGGCAGCCUGUGCACUGCUGUCAGGGGCCCUGUGUCCUCUCUACGGCAGACUGGGCGCUGUGUCUUGCCAAAGAGACAUUCUCCAGGAACAGCUGAAGCACCAUGAAGUAUUGAGCCAGAAGAUCAUCAGCCUCCUCUGUGCUCUCCCUGCUAACGUGGGAAGCAGCCAAGGCAAAGGCAGGCUGGGGCAGAGAAGAGCCAAGCGCCUGGUUUACGUCUUCCGAAGAGCCGUGAUUGCAGUUCUGGCCGCUCACAGGCUGAGGGCUCUGGCCCGAUGCUCUUGCACCUUUUUCGUCUGGACAGAUGGCUCCAGAGGAUGCACUGGAAUUCAAGUUUGUGUGGGAGAAUCCAGAGGCAGGCACGUGUCACGUUUUGAAGAGGAAGGAGUUGACUGCAUUGAAGCACUUGACUGGUUGACUAGCUCUAACCUCUAUACUGCAAUAGUCAGUUCCAUCUCUGAACUGGAGGUUGUUCUCUGCAAACAAGAUGUGCACUCCUGGCUUUCUGAACACUCACUUAUCAGUGCAGCCAGGAACUGCUUUGCAAAACUGAUGGACAACCUGAGCAUACUGAUGGAGACAGUUCAGGGGAAACCUUGUGGGUGCAGAGCUUACCUGGAGAGGGACUCCUUGGUACAGAGGCUGGCUCGUGGGCUCCACAGAGUAAAUGCCCAGGCCCUGGAAGCUGGAUUGUAUGACAGACUGCCCAGCACAAGAAACAUAGCAAUCUUGCAGCAAGAAAUAUUUGAACUUUCACAAAGGCUUCAUGCAGCAGAGGUAGAGUCCCGCUCCCUGCACCUGCAGCUGGCAGAAUGCAGAUGGGCUUUCAAUGAGAUGCGAAAAGAUGCUGAAAAAGCCCACAGACUGCAAGAGCAAUUAAAUGAACUUCAGCAUAAAAUCAGCCAAGAUAAUAUACAUGAGGAGUUAGAAAAUGCUUUGCAGCGUGAGCAGGAGGUAAGAUUGCUUUUGCAAGAAUACCAGCGACGGCUUCAGGAGCUGAGUAAUAAACUGGAAUCGUGCUCACUUAUUGACACAGAUAGAAGCCAAGUCUCCAAUGUAUCUCUGGUGAGCUUCUCUAACUCAACGGAGGAGCUGAGGAGCAGAGACCAAGUUCUGGAUCACCAGAAGAGAUUCCUGAAAGACACAGAGCAGGACCAGCAGUGGCUGCGGGAGACUCUUGAGCAGGCAGAACCUGCCCUCAAACUGUGAGUAAAGGACAAAGAGUUGACCAUUAAUCAUAUGAAAGCUGUGGAGGCCGCCCUGAAUAAGGCCAGAGAGGAGGUCCUGGCAUCAGGAGCUGCAGCAGCCACGCCGCUCCCCAGCCUGCAGCUGGAGAUCCUGUCAGGGGAAGCAGUGAGGGACAGGCCAGAGGCUGUGUCAUUCCAGCACAUGCAUAGACAUUUUAUGGAUCUCUACUCACUGGCAGCUUCCAAAGUUGACACAUUAACAUCAGGAAGAGAAUCUUCAGAGAUUCACUUUGAACCCCUAACUGCUGAGCCUCUUACUCCUGAUGCUGAUGAAUCUUUGCAAGUUCACUUUAAACCCGAAACUGGUGGUACACCUCCUGCUGCAGCUCCUGCACAUGCUCUUGAUGAAUCUUUCUGGGGUCGAAUUGGUCACCAACUAGUCAGAACACCUCCUGCACACGCUCGUGACAGUGAUGACUCUUUUGGACCUUGCUUUGUGUCCAAAGGAGCUGCUGCACCUCCUGGUCCUCCUCCUGGUGAUAUUUUUCAGCCUUACAUUUCACCACAAGCAGCUGGUGGACCUCCAGUUCCUAUUCCUGUGCCUGAUGAGGUAUUUAACAGGAAACAUAGGUUCUCUCUUGAUUUGUUUUUUAUUCUUUUGUUUAUUCCAGCAUGCUGGAGAGUGCCUAGCCACAGAGCCUCUACCGUACCUGGAGCCAACAUAGCCUCCGUUGUGGUAGCAGGCAGAAGCUACAGUGUCCCUGGCACCAACAUACCCUCCAGUGUGACACCAGACAGAAUCUACAGUGUCCCUGGCACCAACAUACCCUCCAGUGUGACACCAGACAGAACAGGGUUUGGGUCAUCAAUGGACAGAGUCAUCAACCUGAUACCAACCAGAACCAGUACUGGGUCAUCAAUGGAUGCAUCCUCCCAUAUGAGAGGAAACAGAGCUCUUACCGUGCCUUCAAGCAACGUGUCCUCCAGUCUGACGUGGAGUAGAGCUGGUACUGGGUCUUCAGUCAACACAUCCUUCAGUUCCAGACCACACAGAGCCAGUUCUUUGCCUUCAGUCAGACCUUCCAGCCAGGAUGUCUUACCCAGCACCAGAAGAAAUCAGGAAAUUUAA